AUGCUGAGGAAAUAUAGUACAAGUAGUGGAAGUCGCAGGUGGCCUGUACAUGUUUUUUACAACGUCCUUGACAUUGCUGAACUCAGUGCUUGGAUUAUAUUCAAAGAAUCCUUGGGCACCUCUAUUUCUCGUCGAGAAUUUAUUCUUGCACUCGUGGAAGAACUACGAGUUGGUGCACUAUGCAACAGAUGCCCCCCGAUUGCUCAAAUACGGACACUUAAACGAAAGAAAUGUGCAUUUCAAAGUUGCAAGGGACAAAACAAGACUGUUGUCGGUUGUGAGGGAUGCCAGAAACCAAUUUGUGGUAAAUGUGUUGCUGUCGCUGUCAGCGUUCAUAUUGUAUCACCUGCGAAACAAGUUGUCGAAGAUCUGAGGAAAAACUUGGAGAAAAAGCAGUCUUGUCCAUAUUCUUGUUCUAACAGCAUGUCUGGAUUUCCAGCUGCUACAAAUACACACAGUCUUCAAACAUCAAAUCAAGAAAUAAGAAUGGUAUGCUGUGCACAGAAGUGUCCAAUGGCAAAUCACAAGAUAGCAACAACGACUGUAGCAACAAAGCCAGUUGCAAAUUGUGUCAAUACAGUACGCCAAACAGUGCCUCCUACGAUCAAUAAUAUUGCCACCCCAACAGCUACAUUUACAUUCAAAGCUCCAGUGGGUACAGUUGUCCUGCCAAAUUGUUCAACAGCCAAUGCUUUGUUGUCAUCUAAGGUUGCUGAACAUCAAAAGGUGCAUCCGGUUCUUGUGGUGCCGUCUCCGUCCAACCGUAGUGUUGAUGGACCACAGACAGGGGUUUUACUUAAUCUGGUACCACCACCAAUCAGAGUGCCUCAGUAUCCUCCGCCAUUGCCUCGCACACCUGCUCCUAUUAAAACACAAAUUGUGAGUAACUGCAUACCAGUGACAACAAAUGCUCCAACUCCAAUUCCAUCUAGCUUAGACAAUAGUACAGAUCCCGCCUCAGGAAGUUCUACAGCAAGUACUUCUCCUGUGAACUCAGUUGAAAAAUUUCAACCACCGCCCAGUCCUGAGAAGAUAAAUAACAAAAUAGAUCAGAAAAAAAAGGAAUUUAUCACUGCCUUAGGUCUUGUUACUCGAGAUUCAUUAUCUGAUAUCAAGAACAAAAAACUGGAACGAAAACGGAGAUCAACUGCUAAUCCUCAGUUUUCAAAUGCUGCUCUUGAAGAAAAAUGGCGCAUUGCAGCUGCUGCUCAAGCAUCAGUAGUUCCACAGAAAAGACCUAGAGGUCGUCCUCGUUUGGAGAACAAAGUCGUAGUCUCUGCUUCUAGUGGAAUGAAUCCAGUUACUCCAAAUGGAAUAAAUCCUGUAACUGAUAAUGUUAAAGCAUGUGAAGUGUCUCCUCCUCCUCCUCCUCUGAAUAACAGUUCCGUCAAUUCUUCAGUUUCAUCCAGUUCUUCUCCUCUUAAUGAUACUCCUACUAUAGUUAAUGGAAUACUUAGGCAAACAGCAAACUCUGAUGAAGGAAAGAACGUAGAACAGAUGCUCUCAGGAUUAUGUAUUGUGUGUACGCAACCUGGUGAUCUCGUGAAGUGUGAUACAUGUGCAAAGCAACAACAUCCUGGUUGCAUGCAACCACCAGUAAUUGCACCACCACAGAUUCCAUGGCAGUGUAGUGAUUGCCAAUCUAGAACUGUCUCAUUAACUGUAGUUCAGAGUUAUGAUGUGCUUAAAGCAGCUAAAGAAGAUGAGAAAAAGAAACUUUUAAAGAAAAGCUUGGAAUUAAGGCUAAAAAGAUCACAGCUUGAAAGUAGGCUUCUUCAGCUAAGGGAAUUAUCUAAUAAACAAAAAAAUCGACAAUCAGAACUUCAGACUUCCUUGAAAGGAAUCGAAAUUCUUUUGGAACGUAUACACAGCGUGAUAAAUGGUGUGAGACUAUGCUCUUGAUGUUCCUUUUUCAUAUGUAAUUUUCAUGUGCCAAUUCAGGUGCUUUUAUUCUGUCUUACAUUCAUAGCAUCAGUUCCUGGAGCUUAGUAUACCUGGUCUUUGGCUGGGUAGAGUCAUGUGGUGCAGCUACAAAUAUAAAAGAAACACUGAAGUGUGAUGCCAUACAGAAUUGUAUAUAAAUGAAAAUAUUUCUGAAGAAAGUUCAAAUGCUCUCACUUAUUUAUUUAAAUCGCACUGUCCAUUAUGCAGGUCUGCGUGUUUUCCUGAGACAUUAACUACUCUUCAAAAGUACCUGUUGACAUUUUGUAUAUAUAUACAUGAUAUCAUAUGUGUAAAGGUUUAUGCGUUUAGGCUGUUGAUGAAUUUUGAUUUUCCAUUCCCAUGCAUGUUUGAAAGAUUUUUCUAUUAACUGUGAUGAUUUUUUUCCCCUUUCCUGUAUAAUUAAUGAACUAUUUAAAGCUAAAGCUACUGGAAAUAUAGCUGUUCACAUUGUGAUCAUGUAUGAAAUCUUAAAUUUAUUUUAUUUUAAAUUCAUACAUUAUUCCCAAAUAAAAAAGUGAAUAUUAUUAUAAAAUGAAUUUGGCAUUACUAAAAUUUUCUCACAUAUAUAAAAAGUAUGAAUUUUUCUUAAUUUGCAUGAUGUAUAUAAUGUGAUUGACAUGCAGAUAUAUGUUUUAAUUUUCAAUAAAUAAAAUUAUGAUUUUCCUUCCCAUAAAAUGAAUUUCAUGAUACACAUAUUAAAUGUUAUUAUUUGUAUGAUAUUGUUUUGUUUUAUAAUUCUAGCAUGUGGUUUGAAUAUGUGUAGUAUAACUGUAUAUUAUAAUUCUUUAGGUAAUAUAUAUCUAAACUCUUAUGCCAGCUUUUUGAAGCUAUCUCAUUUCUAUACCUUCAGAAUUUCACAUAGAAUUCUGUGACUUCUGCAGUUGGUGCUACCAUUUUUAGAUUUAAUAGCUUAAUCUAAAAAUUGUAGAGUUUUAUUUUCCAUUGUAAAUAAGCACAGUGUAAAUAUAUAUAUAUAUGUAGAAUAAGGGAGGGAGGGAGAGAUCUGAAUCUUGAAAAUGUAUAAAAGAGUAAUUGCUGAAAAAUUCAUUGUUAGCUUCUAUAUUUUAUAGUUAUGUUUAAUUGAAGUAGCAGAUAUAUGAAAUUUAUUUACAUGGUUUGUACACUUCUAAAAAGUAUUUUAGGAAAAGCCAUCUUCAUGAAAAAUGUGUAAUGAGAACUUUUACAUAUUAAACCUCAUACAAGUCAUGGAAGUACAGUGUAUAUUAAUUCAUGUUUUUUUCCCCCUUUAUUGAUAAUAAGAUAGUAUAUAUUGUGUGACUUUUCAUUAAAUGUAUUUAAGCAUUAUGUCUAAAGGUUGGGGGGGGGAAUUGCCUUUCAACUGAACUAUAUUUACAUGAAAUGCUGCUCUGAUUCUUUUCAGACUUGAUUAUAAUUCUUUGUAUGUGUUUUUGCUUUCAGCCAAAUAUUUUUGAGAAAAAACACUUUUUGAAUUAUCUAGGUUCAGAGUUUUUGCCCAUUUUGAUAAAUUUAAAACUCGAUUUACUUAAUUCUAAAUAGAUUUUAUUCACUUUGCUCUAAAUUUAUAAAAUGCAUUGAUUAUAUAGAUUAUAUAAAACCUAAGAUUUAAAAUUGCUACAUAGUUCAGCAGUGAACAAUAUGUGCAGUGUGUUGUCAUCCAACAGCCAUUAUAGUCUGGCAAUUUAUGAUUGUUUUUAAUCCUUCAAAUACAGCUAAACAAUGCAUAUUCAUUUUAAAUUGAUUUUAUUCACAUUAUCAGUUUUAUUCACUUCACAAUAGCCCACCAGCGGCCGAGCGGUAAAGACGCUGAACACUGGUAGUUCGGUCCGAGUUUCGAAUCCCGCGAACGGGCUGGCUGCAUGGGCGUUUUCGUGGUUUUCCCCGUGUGUAACAUGUAUA